CAUCCCCUUCCUCCUCCUCCCCACCUCCUCUCUGCAUGAUACACAAUCUCUAAAGAAAGCUGCUAAAACCUAAAGCUGGUGGAAAGCUGACCUCCCCCUCUCCCUUUGGUGUUGUCUGUGCAGCAGCAAAGCCAAAAAAAAAAAAAACAAGGCUACUCCAUAGAGCCAUCGACCUUUUCCUUCCCCUCUCGAUUCUGAGCUGUAUUCACAUCUCCCCGGCCCCUUUUGUUUAUGUAAUUUAUUCUCGCCCGUCUCCGGCCGUCUCUUGCAUGCUAGCUAUAGCUAGCUAGCAAACCUGCUUCCCGCCAGCUAUAUAGAGACCUGCUGCCGAUUCCGGUGGUCGAUUCCCAUGGCUUAAUUAGAGCUUUGGCCGAUCACGCACACAAAGUCCCUAGCAGAAGUAUCAGGAGAGGUUUGAUAUUAUCUGUGUUGCUUAAUUGCCGUUUAAGUAGCAUGUUGAGUUCUUGCGCGCUGACGGCCGUGCCGCCUUCCGAGGCGGCGGCGGCCGGGCCACCUGAACCGUUCCGGCCGACGCCGAUCCCCACCGGCGUCGGCGCUGCCGCAAAGAGGAAGCGGCGGCCAGCCGGCACUCCCGACCCGGACGCGGAGGUGGUGUCGCUGACGCCGCGGACGCUGCUGGAGUCGGACCGGUACGUGUGCGAGAUCUGCAACCAGGGGUUCCAGCGUGACCAGAACCUGCAGAUGCACCGGCGGCGGCACAAGGUUCCCUGGAAGCUGCUGAAGCGCGAGGAAGGGGAAGCGGCGGCCCGGAAGCGCGUGUUCGUGUGCCCGGAGCCCAGCUGCCUCCACCACGACCCGGCCCACGCCCUGGGCGACCUCGUCGGGAUCAAGAAGCACUUCCGCCGCAAGCACAGCGGCCACCGCCAGUGGGCCUGCGCCCGCUGCUCCAAGGCCUACGCCGUCCACUCCGACUACAAGGCCCACCUCAAGACCUGCGGCACCCGCGGCCACUCCUGCGACUGCGGCCGCGUCUUCUCCCGGGUGGAGAGCUUCAUCGAGCACCAGGACAUGUGCGACGCCGGCGGCCGUCCUCCGCGGGGCGACACCACGUCCUCCUCCGCCGGCAGGGGAGGCGGCGCCAGGGCAGCUUCUGCUUCCACGUCGCACCGCCAGCAGCAGCAGCAGCUACAUGCGGCGGCGGGGGCGUCUCUCUCGCGGACGGCGUCCAGCGCCAGCCCGUCCAGCGGCGCCGACCUCGUGGGCAGCCCAGUGGCCUGGCCCGCUCCAAGCCCCACGGCCCAUCAGCACAACCUCGAGCUGCAGCUCAUGCCCCCGCGCGGCACAGCUGGCCCCAUCGCGCGCCGCGCAUCGCCUCCCGCUGCUGUCAUUCCCAAGCCGGACGCCGACGCGAACGCGAUGCGCUUAGAGCUCUCCAUCGGCGUCCGCUUCGGCGCCGGCGCACGCGAAGACAGCAACAGCAGCAGCGAGGCCGAGGACAUGGCGGCGGCGGCCAGGGCGCUGAAGGGGGAAGCGCGGGAGCAGCUGCGGCUGGCGGCAAUGGAGAAGGCGGCGGCGGACGAGACGCGGGCGGAGGCGCGGCGGCACGCGGAGCUGGCCGAGCAGGAGCUUGCGGGCGCGCGGCGGAUGCGGGAGCAGGCGCGGGCCGAGCUCGGCCGCGCGCACGCCGUCCGCGACCACGCCGUGCGGCAGCUCGACGCCGCGCUGCUCGAGAUCACCUGCUACGGCUGCCGCGGCAAGUUCCGGGCCAGGGCGGCAACGAUGGCGGCGGCCAGCUACGACGUGCCGUCCGUCGUCACCGAAGGCGAGGCCGGCAUCGGCAACGGACAGCAGAUGGCUCUCCUCCAGUACGACGCCGCCGAUGACCGGCUCCCAAGAGGCCGUCGUGCCAUGAUGGACAUGAACUAGCUUUAGCUCUCCCUAAGCCCUAGCUAGCUAGCUAACUCAUCGUACGUACGUACACAAAUGUUUCUGUAACCUUGAUUAAUUAUCAGCUUGUUCUAAUUUAAUUUCUUCCUAUA